GACGCGCACUUCCGGUGGGCCCGGCGCCGCUGCCCGUUUCCCCGGGAGCUUGGCCGUCGCCUCAGCCGGAUACGAUGGGCAAGAAGGGCAAGAAGGAGAAGAAGGGCCGCGGGGCGGAGAAGACGGCCGCCAAGAUGGAGAGGAAGGUGUCCAAGCGCUCGCGGAAGGAGGAGGAAGACCUUGAAGCCCUUAUAGCCCAUUUCCAGACACUAGAUGCCAGGAAGACGCAGAUUGUGGAAACACCGUGCUCCCCGCCCUCUCCAAGGUUAAAUGCCUCGCUCUCUGCCCAUCCUGAGAAAGACGAAUUAAUCCUGUUCGGAGGUGAAUAUUUCAAUGGCCAAAAAACUUUUUUGUAUAAUGAGCUCUAUAUGUACAACAUCAGGAAGGACACCUGGACAAAGGUUGAGAUCCCCAAUCCACCUCCGAGGCGCUGUGCACACCAGGCGGUGGUGGUGCCUCAGGGCGGCGGACAGCUGUGGGUCUUUGGAGGAGAGUUCGCCUCUCCCGACGGAGAGCAGUUCUACCACUACAGGGACCUCUGGGUCCUGCACCUGGCCACGAGGACCUGGGAGCAGAUCAGAUCAACAGGAGGUCCUUCAGGUCGGAGUGGGCAUCGGAUGGUAGCCUGGAAGAGACAGCUGGUCCUCUUUGGCGGCUUCCAUGAGAGCACAAGAGAUUACAUCUAUUACAACGACCUAUAUGCCUUUAACCUGGACACGUUCACGUGGGGCAAGCUGUGCCCGUCGGGGACCGGGCCCACACCCAGAUCGGGCUGCCAGAUGUCUGUCACCCCCCAGGGCAGCAUCAUCAUCUAUGGGGGCUACUCAAAACAGAGAGUCAAGAAAGAUGUGGACAAAGGUAUCCAGCAUUCAGACAUGUUCCUGCUGAAGUUUGAGGAGGGGCGAGAAGGCAGGUGGAUGUGGACUCGGAUCAGCCCUUCGGGAGCCAAGCCCACCCCACGCUCUGGCUUUUCGGUGGCUGUGACUCCAAACCAUCAGACGCUGCUCUUCGGGGGCGUCUGUGACAAGGAAGAGGAGGAGAGCUUGGAGGGCGACUUCCUCAACGACCUGUACUUCUAUGACGCCGCCAAGAACCGCUGGUUUGCGGGACAGCUGAAGGGACCUAGGUCGGAGAGGAGGAGGCGCAGGCGGGGCAGAAAGGCGGAGCCUGAGGGUGCAGACGAGCAGGAGUGUGAGGGGGCCGGUGCCCAGGAACCCCUGCAGGUGGUCAGAGAAGUGGUCGCAGACGAUGGGACUGUGGUCACAAUUAAACAGGUGCUCGCGGCCCCUGGCCCGGUGGCACGGCCACCGACCCCCGGGGAAGACAGCGCCGAUGAAGCCGGCAGCCCUGCGGUGGGGCCGAGUCCCCGCUCCAACGCCAUGCUGGCCGUGAAGCACGGGCAGCUCUACCUCUAUGGAGGCAUGUUUGAGGCCGGCGACCGCCAGGUCACCCUCAGCGACUUGUACUGCCUCGACCUCCACAAGAUGGAGGAGUGGACGGCCUUGGUAGAGACGGAUCCAGAGACUCAGGAGUGGCUGGAGGAGACUGACUCGGAAGAGGACAGCGAGGAGGCUGAGGGUGCGGAGGGCGGAGGCGACGAGGAGGACGAGGGCAGAGAGCAGCAGCACCCCUGGGUGACAGCUGCUGAGCAGUUUGCAGACUCCCUGCUCAGGAGCGAGCAGUACUGGGUAAAGCCAGCCCGCCCGGAUGAUGCCAGGCCCAACGCCGAGGAGGAGAGGGUGCUGGGAACAGCCCGUGCCUCGGCCAGAGCCUUCUUCCAUGACUCGACGUGAGCCACCACACAGGGUGGAAGUCGGCCCGAGUCAGGUGUUCUCGCUGUCCCUCCACGUCACUGGGUGCGAUGAAAAUAAAGUGGAUCUGGACCGAG